GUUGACAGUUGACAGGAAACGUCAAACGUUCCAUCGUACCGACCAAUCAGCGGCGCUGGGGGGAGGCGGCUUGUACCCUCCACUAUCCCAUGUGACGCUCCUCAGUCGUUCCCAGGCGGUCACAUCCGACGAGACUAUGGAUCAGAAGUUGGGGUUGUUCGUCCUCGUGGCAGCAGGCCUCCUCUGCCUCAGUUUGCUCCCGGCCUCUCGGGCUGAAGAUGUCAUGGAGGACGUUCUGGGCGACUACGUGGACGUGGAGGACGAGCUGGAUCUGAGUCUCCCCGGAGCCGAGGAGGAGGAGGAGGAGGAGGAGGGGCACCUGCAGGACGAAGCUCCGCCUGCCCCGAAAACCCCCCCGAUACCCAAGGUGACCUACAAGGCUCCGGAGCCGAUGGGGGAACAUUUCAUCGCCGAGUCCUUCGACCGCGGGACGCUGGACGGGUGGGUUCUGUCCAUCGCCAAGAAGGAGGACGCCGACGAGGACAUCGCAAAGUACGACGGUAAAUGGUCGGUGGAGGACAUGAAGGACAGUAAGCUCCCCGGUGAUAAAGGUCUGGUCCUGAAGUCUCGAGCCAAACAUCACGCCAUCUCCGCUCAGCUACUGCGACCUUUCACCUUCGACACCAAGCCCCUGAUCGUCCAGUACGAGGUGAACUUCCAGGCCGGCAUCGACUGCGGCGGCGCCUACGUGAAGCUGCUGUCUCAGACUCCCGACCUCAACCUGGACCUGUUCGUGGACAAGACUCCGUACACCAUCAUGUUCGGACCGGACAAAUGUGGAGAAGAAUACAAACUGCACUUCAUCUUCAGACACAAAAACCCCAAAACCGGAGAGUACGAAGAAAAACACGCCAAGAAACCCGACUCCGACCUGAGGACGUACUACACCGACAAGAAGACUCACCUGUACACACUGGUGUUGAACCCUGACAACACCUUUGAGGUGCUGGUGGACCAGACGGUGGUGAACAGCGGCAGCCUGCUGACCGACAUGACCCCCGCUGUGAACCCUGCCGCCGAGAUCGAGGACCCCGACGACCAGAAGCCAGAAGACUGGGACGAGAGGCCCAAGAUCCAGGACCCGGCCGCCUCCAAGCCCGAAGACUGGGAUGAGGACGCUCCUGCUCAGGUUCCAGAUGAAGACGCAGUGAAACCAGACGGCUGGCUGGACGAGGAGCCCGAGUACAUCGGAGACCCCGACGCCGUGAAACCUGAAGACUGGGACCAGGACAUGGACGGCGAAUGGGAGGCCCCUCAGGUGCCCAACCCGCUCUGUGAGACCGCCCCCGGUUGCGGCGCCUGGAAGCGCCCUGUGAUCGACAACCCCAACCACAAGGGCAAGUGGAAGCCCCCCAUGAUCGACAACCCCAACUACCAGGGCGUCUGGAAGCCGAGGAAGAUCUCCAACCCGGCGUUCUUCGAGGACCUGCAGCCGUUCAAGAUGACGCCGUUCAGCGCCGUGGGGCUGGAGCUCUGGUCCAUGACCGCCGACAUCUUCUUCGACAACUUCUUCAUCACCGACGACCGCAGCACCGCCGAGCGCUGGGCCGCCGACGGCUGGGGCCUGAAGAAGGCCGCCGAGGGCGCCGCCGAUCCCGGUUUGGCGACUCAGAUGUUGAGCGCCGCAGAGGAGCGCCCGUGGCUCUGGGUCGUCUACGUGCUCACCGUGGCUCUGCCGCUCGUCCUCAUCAUCGUCUUCUGCUGCACCGGCAAGAAGAAGAGCCCAGAGACGCCGGCAGCCGAGUACAAGAAGACCGACGAAGCUCAGCCCGACGUGAAGGAGGAGGAAGAAGAGGAGGAGGAGGAGGAAGAGGAGGAGGAGAAGGCUGAGGAGGCGCAGAAGGCAGAGAAGAGCGGUCCAGCGGCAGAAGAGAAGAGCGACGGAGACGAAAGUCCUGCAGAGAACGAGGAAGAGGAAGCAGAGAAGGAGGCGACGGGCGACGAGAAGUCCUCUGCAGAGGACGACAUUCUGCGGAGAUCUCCCAGGAACAGGAAGGUCAGAAAGGACUGAUGUCUCUGAACCCCCCCCCUCACCCAUCCCCCCCUCCCCUCCUCGAUGGAGCCUAAAUGGAUCCCCGUGGAAGCGGAGAAGCCGACUAACUAAUCAAGACCUUCACCAUAUGGACGCCUGCUCAUGAUGAUGAUGAUGAUUCCAGUGUGAACAGGACUGAGUUAGAGUGAUUUAAAAGGAUUUUUUUUUUGUUUAUAAAAGAGAUUAAUUGAGAUUAACUAAACUUCCAGCAUCAUUCCACCUGAACAGACUCGAACGCACGGGGUCGUCCCGUCUGCGUCCGACCGCCUGCUGAGGAGCUCUCAACUCGCUCACGAGUUAAAUUUGGCCUUCAACAACAACCAAAGUCUCGCCCGUUAUCUUCAAUAACCCGUCAAACAUUUCUGCUGCCAGCUGAUUGACUCACCUUUAGCGUUGCUACUUCUGGAUACUACGAAUAUAAUAUAUUAUCCCACCAUCUAAUUAGCCUUAACAACGGGCUGCUAACAAGCCCACGAAUAGUGUAAUUUACAACUCGCUAAUUAGCCCGUCGAGCCGCUAAUUCACGACUAACAUUUGGCUCGUUAGCCGUCCUAGAGUUAUCUAAUUAGCUAGUGAUUAGCAUUGUGCUAAUGUUCUAAAAGAAUCGCCACUGAACCCUUUUCUUUUGUCUCAUUUUUCUAGUCAUUUAGUUUAGUUGUGUUUUCGUUGUAAAGCUGUUGGCUCCACACACAGCGCUCAUGUUUCCUCUGUAUUUCUACUGUGUUGUAAUGUCCUGAAGGCAGCCGGGGGUCAGGGGUCAGAGGUCAGAACCACCGAGCAGAAUAUGACUGUUAGUGUAGCUUUUGUUUUAUUUGUCCAAACCAACACGACAGCCGCUCGCCGGGUCCGGGCCCUCGUGGGUCUGGAUCCUUGCGGAUCACACAUCCUCCCCUGUCCUCCACCUGUCCCCCACCUGUCCUCCCCUGUCCCUCCCCUGUCCCCCACCUGUCCCUCCCCUGUCCCCCACCUGUCCUCCCUUGCCCCCACCUGUCCCUCUCCUGCCCCCACCUGUCCCUCUCCUGUCCCCACCUGUCCUCCCUUGCCCCCACCUGUCCCUCCCCUGUCCCCCACCUGUCCCUCCCCUGUCCCCCACCUGUCCCUCUCCUGUCCCCCACCUGUCCCUCUCCUGUCCCCACCUGUCCUCUCCUGUCCCCACCUGUCCUCUCCUGUCCCCCACCUGUCCUCUCCUGUCCCCCACCUGUCCCCCACCUGUCCCUCUCCUGUCCCCACCUGUCCUCCCCUGUCCCUCUCCUGUCCCCCACCUGUCCUCUCCUGUCCCCCACCUGUCCUCUCCUGUCCCCCACCUGUCCCCCACCUGUCCCUCUCCUGUCCCCACCUGUCCUCCCCUGUCCCUCCCCUGUCCCCCACCUGUCCCUCCCCUGUCCCCCACCUGUCCCUCUCCUGUCCCCCACCUGUCCCUCUCCUGUCCCCACCUGUCCUCUCCUGUCCCCACCUGUCCUCUCCUGUCCCCACCUGUCCUCUCCUGUCCCCCACCUGUCCUCUCCUGUCCCCCACCUGUCCCUCUCCUGUCCCCACCUGUCCUCUCCUGUCCCCACCUGUCCUCUCCUGUCCCCCACCUGUCCUCUCCUGUCCCCCACCUGUCCCCCACCUGUCCCCACCUGUCCUCCCCUGUCCCUCUCCUGUCCCCCACCUGUCCUCUCCUGUCCCCCACCUGUCCUCUCCUGUCCCCCACCUGUCCACAAACGCGAAAUGACGUUUAUUCUGCUGUCGCCCGUUUAUAUAUUUACAUCGAUAAGCAACCUUAGUUGAAUUGACUCUUGACCUCUGACCUCUCCCCUCGGCGCCGCCAUCAGGACAGAACUUUGUCUCUAGUGCGAUCACUAGGAAAAGAAGAAAUAAUCAUCAAUUUUGUAAAGAUUCUGAAUUGUGUUUUUUUUUUUUAUUAUUCAUCAUGAAAUCCUUUUUUUAGAGGAUUAUUUAUAAUGCAUAAGAAGCUACGAACUGUAAACUUCCCCCGACUUUUACUUGUGACCCGAGCGAUGGAUGGUUCAGUCCAUCCUUUUGGAGAGAUGUGUGAUUCUGAAGCUGUUUGAUAAAGAAGUGACUCCAUGAAUCUGUCGUGUUCCCUUGUGGCGUCCUUCUUUGUGUCGUACUGUUCUGUGGGCUUCACUGAUUGGCUGACGGGGUGUUGAGCCAGUGGGUGGUGGGCGGGUCUCCAGAUUUUGGGGCUUGAAGUGGACUCGGAGGUCCCCGCGUCCAUAACCUUUACUUCCCUCUUUUAUUUUGAAAGGUUAAACAAGCUCGUUACAUGUGUGGCUGUAAACUCUGCUUGUAGUCUUCAUCGUUCUUCAUCAACGCGUUCCCCAACGUCUCAGCUCGUCUUCGCCCCCUUGUGGUUCCCUCUGGCUGAAGCUGCCUGUAGGCUGGACACUGUACCUGCUGGUGAAACAUGACUCUGUAACUGUACUUUAUUUUGUUGGUGUUAUGAACACAAACUAUUAAAGAAGUCUUUGAAUAGAA